AACACGUCCCAGAAAAUGUGGACGUAUAAAAUCAGCAAGCAGGGCACCAUUAGGUGUCAGUACAAUCAGAUGCGUGACAUCACCCCACAAUAUAUAGUUUACAACAGGACAUUCUUGCACAAUGAACAAAGACGCAGUAUAAUCCUUCAGGGAGAGUUUCAUGUACGACACAGGAACUUGAUGGACGUGUACGCCAUCGACUUAGGAUCGAGACUUAUUGGUACAGAAACAUUGCUCUACAUGGCUAAAAAUGCAUCGUGUGGUGUUGUGAUGAUCCAUCCAACAGGGAAUGGAGUGACUUAUUACGAACUUCGCGUUAGAAACGCUUACAUUGACACUGUUCCUGAUCGACACUGCGGAAGACACUUUCGUCGUGUAGCUGGAAGUGGCAUAUUUACUUACCGUCCAGACUGUAAGAAUAUGACCAUACCACGCAAGUGAACGCUUCAUAGAUAGGAGGUAGGCG